AUGGCGGAUGGCGCGGGCGCGGGCGCGUGGGCGGGCGCGUGCGCGGGCGCGGGCGAGUCGGCGGCGCGCGGCGCGGCGCUGGAGCGCGCGUACGUGCACGACGUGUACGAGCAGGCCGGCGACGGCGAGGACGCGCCGCGCCCGCCCGCGCCCGCCGUGCGCUCCUUCCUCGACGAACUCGACCCCGGCAGCCUCGUGUGCGACGUCGGUUGCGGCAACGGAAAAUAUCUCGGUCUGAAUCCGUCCGUAUUCACCGUGGGCGGCGACCGGUGCACUCGAUUGGCUGCGCAAGCGAGACAGCAGGCUAACGAGGUGGUUGUAUGUGACAACCUUUGCCUGCCAUUCCGCGAUGAGUCGUUCGACGCGGUGCUGUCGAUCGCGGUGGUGCACCACUUCGCGACGGUGGAGCGCCGCGCGAUGGCACUGCGCGAACUCGCUCGUGUCACUAGAAUCGGCGGCCGUCUCUUGCUUACUGUGUGGGCGAUGGAGCAUGAGGGCAGAAAUUUUCACUCGCAGGAUGUCCUUAUACCGUGGCAUCGUCCUGCGACAUUAUGUCCGCCGACGCCAACGCCUCGAUUUCUAUCCGUCGACCAAGAACGAAACGAAACAUGGAAAAGCCGCGAUGGAUCUCCAGGGUCAUCUUCCCUAUCGUCGCCUAAUGAAACUUGUUAUUCAUUCGUAAGACGAGCUUUACAGCGUUUCGCUGGUCGGCGUUCAUUUUUACCUUCAUGGGGUCUUAGCACACGAGUGACUCCUCGACCUUGUUUAAGACCGGAACCCCCGGCAGCUGACCUACCUAUUGAACUCAGACGUCUUGAUGAAGCUUUACCAUCUAGACUUGUCUCACAAAACUCGGACGCGUCUACCGUAAAGUCAAGAAGCCUAACCGAUAUAGCUGACAUUGAACGUAGAGCCCUUGUUCGAUCACGUUCAAGUCUACCUAGUCUUGGUGGCGAGGAAUGUGAACCAGCUCCACAAGAAACACUAGCUCCAGAAGUCACUGAAACACGAAAGAAACCAAAACUUGUAAAGCAAAAGAAAUCAAUUAACGAAGAUGACGCGGACGAAGAUUUGGACAAGCCAACGGACAUGAAGAGUUUAGUUGAAGAAAUGCCUAAUUUUAAAAUUCAUACACAUCGCCUACAAUCAAAGAAACCUGGAGUUAUAAAGCAAUCAUCUCUGAACGAGGAACUAAUGUCAGCCGAACGGUUAAGAGAAAAAGAGCGAUUGAGAAAGAAUAUACAAAAACAAGCAUCAUUAAACGAGGAAUAUUUAUAUCGCAGACCAGGAGCUUUAGACUCCAUCCGUGAUUCAAUAUUCUCCACAUCAGCGACAACAGCCAAAAAGUUCCAGUCGUUAAAAAACGGCCUCACUAGUAAAUUCAAAACGUCGACAACGAAUAUUGAUAAAGUAACAGUCUUCGUGAGAAUGCUUCAAGGGUGGAAAACUCAUGGGCCGGUAGCAGAAGUUCCUACACCAAGCGACAAUAACGGAAGUAGCGAAAAAAAUUAUCCCGAACGGCGUCAUUCAAAAGAAGACGGAUCAGAUUCUUCAAAAGACAGUAGCCUUCAAAGUGACACUAGUGUGGAUUCAGAAGAUAGUUUUGCAUCGGUUAUAUAUGUACCAAAAGCCGACGGUUCAGGUGAUCCUUUAUCGCCUACCCCGCUUUCUCCAGGGCCUACAUCCCCACGAUUAAAAGUUUCAUCUGUACCAACAUCUCCUAGAAUGAAAAGUUCGCCUGGCCUACCAUCUCCUAGAAUUAAACAAGCAUUUCCUUUAAUCCGACCACCGGCAUCACCAAACGCAACACAAAGUCCUGCAACAGGAAAUAAAGUUUUAGUAGCACAAUACAGUUUAAAGAACUAUUCAACAACGAAUCCCCCAAGUACUCCUCCUUUAACACCACAAUCCAAAAGCCAACCAAAUUCACCACCGAAAUCAGAAUCGGUAGAGAAUAUUGUAAAGCCAGAACAAGUUUCAAUAAUUGAUCGAAAUAUAUCUAUAGAAGUAUUCGAAGAACCUGAUCCUAUACCUCCGAUCAAGGAAGAGGAAGAAACACCCUCUGAUAUAACAAAAGAACUUCUUGCUGAAAUUAAUAAAGAUAUUGAAGAAAUACAUAAACUAACAGCUGAAACAGACGAUUUAAAGCCCCGCGUGGUCUUACAAGAUAUCAAGCCUUAUCCAAAAAUAACUCUACAAACUGUGGCAGAAUUACCAGAAAUACCGCAAUUUAAACCUAAGGAAACAAACAAAUCCCCAACGGGCGAUACACUUGAUUCUAGACUUGCUGACAAAAAAAGAAAAGAAAGAAUAAGGCAAAUAAAGGAAAUGCUAAAUAAAGGGAUUCCUCCUCUUAAUGUAUCCCGACGGCCACCUUUCCCAAUAGUAAGAACGAACAAACCUGAACCUAUAGCUAAGACUCAUCCAAAACUUAUGUCUCUAGAGCUAUUUAAUCCAGCUACCGACGACAUGGAUAGCGACUCUAGCGGUGUGUCUUCACCAGAUUCAGUAGAUAGUGUUAUCAGCGUAAUUCCAGACGAAUUAAGGAAAACUGCUAUGGAAAAAGAUCUACCAAAUCCUGAUAUAACAGAGGAAAAGAAAGAAGAGAUGCCUGGCAAUACAUCGGACAAGUCCAAUUCAUCAUCACCUGCACAAAGUCUGAUUGAAGCAGCAGCAGAAGUUGCUCAUUCUUUAGAUGAAACCUGUGAAGCUGUUAUACAGUCCAGUCCACGGACAAAGAGGAAGGAAUUGGAUAAACUGGAAAAUGCAGAAGCAUUAGCUAUUGUACAAGGAGCUUCAAGCAGCAGCAGCAGUAGUAACUGGAGCCUUAAUAAAUUAUCGCCGGGAGAUUUAAGAAUACUAGAAGAUAGAUCUAGGUCUCAAUCCCACACCAGCUCCAGUGGAAGUUCUUCGAGCUUAGAACGGCUUUCUCCAGGUCGCAGAUCAAAAGACCGGUCACCAAAACAAGGCAGUACAAAUAAUUCUACUUGGAGCUUGAACAGAUUAUCUCCAAACCGCCUUGAUGGGCGCCCACUCGAAGAAAAGAAUCACAGAAGUCCAACAAGGCUACCGUAUGAUUCAAUUUCUAUAUCAAGUACAGAUUCAGAAAAAUCAAUUUCGAAGUCCGAAAGUUUUAACAGAAUUCAAGCGAACGAGCCUUUAGUAACGUGUAAAUCCGAUAUGUUAACUAAAGAUGAAGAUUGGGUGGUUGACCAACAUGACCGUAAUCAACAUUUAACAGAGUUCGCAGAAAAAUUAAGCGAGAAGUUAUUACAAGAAAUUGAUGAAUAUUCGAAACGUAUCAACGAAGAAGACUUUGAUUUACCAAGCAGUAGUAGUAGUGAGAAAAGUAUUUCCCUCAGACUUAAGCGAGAGGAAGAGGACAGACAUACGCAAAAAAUAUUAGAUGAACUAUCAGACAGUUUACAAUACCUGGAAGAACCCCAUGUAAAUAAACAAGGUACCGAAAUACACAGUUUAGACAAAAUUAGUACAAACGAAAAAACUCGAUAUAUAUCAUCACUUUGUGAUACACAAGAGUCUGAUAUCAACAAACUAUUUCCAAAAUGUGGAUCCAAAACUAAAAGCAAGAAGAGAUCGAAAGAUGUCGACCCCAUUAUAAACAAGUACAGAGAACUAAAAAAGUCGAUGAAAGUGACAAGCGAUGAAGAUGUAUUUUUAAACAACUGUGCCAAUAUUCAAUUUAUUCAAUACAACAUAACUAAAACAGGUAUAGACGAGAAAUUGCCAGAUGGUGAUACAAAGAAUCCAGACGAAGAUAGCGCAAUUUCAUCUAGCAAUGGCAACCCUGAAAUCACUAUAGAAUCAGGAACUUAUGAUACCAGUCAGUCUCUCGAAACUGGCUAUUCUUUAGAGUCGGAAAUAAGCGUAGAUUCACUAUGCACUAGCACUGACAAAAGAUCUUCUUUGAAAGUUGGACAGUCGACUGACUCAAGUGAUUUAGAGAAAAUGGAAAUAAGUCCUGAAUCUAUCACCUCGCGGUCAAGCGCCAGCACAGCACCAUUAAACCUCCCUUCCGAAGGCGGUGCAGUAACCUACCAUCGAUAUUACCACGUUUUCAAACGAGGUGAACUGGAUCAGUUGAUUGAAAAAUAUGUGGAAAGUCUCCACGUAGUUUCAUCUUACUAUGACCAAGCAAGCUGGUGUGUGGUAGCGGAAAAAGUUCAAGUGUGGACUAUCUAA